AUGACGCCGUUAAUGACAGUCGUUGAUCCACCCAAACCAAUGCCGACGAUUGCUUAUCAUUUGAUUAUUAUAAUUCUGGUGGUAUCUGCUCAAACUGAGCUUACUUUAAAUAAUCAAAAGCUGGAAUGGAUCAUUGGUUCCUGGCGAUCCGAAUUUUCCGGAAAGGUAUUUUGGCCCACUGUACCAACGAUGACAUUUGGCGAAGAGCUGGUGAUUGCGGAGGCUCCACUUGCUAAAUCCGUCAAUGUGCAGUUCCUAAACUUCAGGGGUACCGACAUUCCCUUUCGGAGACGAACGAACGACAGACAGGAUCAUCAUCAGCAAGCCGGACACCCAACAAGUACAGCACUGAACAGUACUGAAAAACUGGUCAGCAGCCUAGGUGGAGAAGCGGACUAUGAAUAA